AUGUUCAAGAAGCCUUCGUGUUUACAAAAUCGGCGACAGGCUGGUGAGAAGGGCAGCGCCGGCAACAGCAACGAUGAUUGGUCGACUUUCCCUGUGCGCCAGCUUUUCGUACUAGCCCUCUGUCGCAUCUGCGAACCAAUCGCUUUCAUGUCUAUCUUUCCCUAUGUCUAUCACAUGGUCGAGUCGUUCCACGUGACAGAUAACGAUCGCAAAAUCGCCCUCUAUGCCGGCAUGAUUACCUCGUCCUUCACUUUCGCAGAGUUCUCUGCCGGUAUGUUCUGGGGCCGGAUGAGCGACAAGAUUGGUCGCAAGCCUGUUCUGAUCAUGGGUCUGAUUGGCACGGCCCUCAGUAUGAUCGUCUUUGGUUUUGCUCCCAACCUAGCUACCGCCAUGAUUGCGCGCGCGCUGGGCGGUCUGUUGAACGGCAACAUCGGAGUCCUGCAGACGACGGUAGCGGAAAUUGUCACGGUCAAGGAGCAUCAACCCCGGGCUUAUUCCAUCAUGCCAUUCGUCUGGUGCUUGGGAUCUAUCAUUGGCCCCGCGAUGGGCGGUGCGUUGGCAACACCAUGCGAGGGUUACCCGUGGUUGUUCCGGCGCGGCACCAUUUUCGACCAGUUCCCGUUCCUGCUGCCCAACGUCGUCUGCGUUGUCGUCCUUCUCUUUGGAAUCGUCGUCGGUUUUCUUUUCCUGGAGGAGACCCACCCUGAGAAGAAACUUCGGCGGGACUUUGGUCUGCAGCUUGGGCAUUGGCUCGUUGGCAAAUUCUGGGGCUCGGGCGUGCAGCUGUCAGAGCAAGAGAAUAUCUCCGACAACAAGGACUACUUUGACGUGCCCCCACCGGAGUACAGCAGCAACGAGUCCACUCCCCGCUUGGGCCCUAUCAUGUCCAACGAUGACGACAUCGAGGGACAACUCAAGAAGGAGGAGACACCCAAGGCUUUCACCAAGCAGGUCGUUUUCAACAUCAUCGCCUACGGAAUUCUUGCAUACCACAGUGUUUCGUUCGACCAAUUGAUGCCCGUCUUCCUCAGCACACCCAAAUCCGACGACGAUGUUGCCCUCCCCUUCAAGUUUACUGGCGGCUUGGGUCUCCAGACCAAGACCAUCGGUUUCAUGCUCGCUGUCCAGGGGGUGUAUUCCAUGAUCGCCCAGCUUUGGCUCUUCCCAUUUGUCGUGCGACACUUUGGCACCCUCCGAACGUUCCGCUUCGUCCUCUGCGUCUGGCCUCCUCUCUACCUGGUCGUGCCUUAUCUCAUCCUUCUCCCCGCAAAGAUCCAGAUGGCUGCCGCCUACGUUGCAUUGAUCAGCAAGAUCACCUUCCAUGUCAUGGCCUUCCCCGCAACCGCCAUUCUCCUCGCCAACGCCGCUCCCUCUCACAAAGUGCUCGGUUCCAUCAACGGCGUGGCUGCCUCCACCGCCAGUCUGAGCCGUGCUUUCGGACCUACAGUCACCGGUUUCCUCCACUCCAAGGGUCUCGAGAGCCACUAUUCCGUGCUCGCCUGGUGGGCCUGUGGCAUCGUCUGUGUGAUCGGUGCCAUUCAGAGUUUCUGGAUGGAAGAGACCGACCCCAAGGAAAGCAAGCCGCAGCCCGAGGAAAAGGUCGGACACCACGACACCAAGACCCAGUUCCAAAACACGUUCUCUCCCGCUGGCAAGGAAGCUGCCAAGCCGGAGGAGGAACAGAGACUUCUCUCAUCUACCCGCACCAGCCUCGAUCAUGAUUUCGAUCUUGCCAACAUGAACAUGAAGCUGGAUGUUCCUGAGCGACCAUGCCCAGUGGAAGCUUAA